CGGCUUACAAAGGGAGUUGACCCAGGGUCGGUUGUGCACGGGGCACACUGGAGGAACUGGCUCUCCUCUGGGGAAACCGGAAGCUGUGCAGAGUGGAGAAGCAGAGUUCAGUAAACCUUCCGGUAGAGAUUCACAGCCUCAUCUCCGCUGCAGAAUGACCGGUGGUGAAGAACCUCACCAAGAGAAGAAAGAUUCCAGCUGGGACUGUCAUCUUGAGGUGAACGGGCAAGCCCAGGCAGGAGAGAGGAGGUACAAAUGUGGGAAAUGUGAUAACUCCUUCUGCCGGCUAUCGGGCCUUCAAGCCCAUCAGGUAAGGCACACUGGAGAGAAACCUUAUAAAUGUGAGGAGUGUGGGAAGGGCUUUACUCGGGUCUCAACGCUUCUGGACCACCAGAAAGACCACACCGGAAACAAGCCCUAUCAGUGCGAUGCUUGUUGGAAGAGUUUCUGUCACAGCUCAGAAUUUAACAAUCACGUAAGAGUCCACACGGGAGAGAAACCCUACAUAUGUGAGGAGUGUGGCAAGGGCUUCAGCCAGGCCUCUCAUCUUCUGGCCCAUCAGAGGGGCCACACUGGUGAGAAACCCUACAAAUGUAACACGUGCGGGAAGGGAUUCAGCCGGAGUUCAGAUCUGAACGUUCACUGUAGAAUCCACACAGGAGAGAAACCCUAUAAAUGUGAGAAGUGUGGGAAAUCCUUCAGUCGAGUCUCGAUUCUCCAAGUGCAUCAGAGAGUCCACAGCGAGGAGAAACCGUAUCAGUGUGCAGAGUGUGGGAAGGGCUUCAUUGUAGAGUCACACCUACAAGCCCACCAGAGGUCCCACACUGGAGAAAGACCCUAUCAAUGUGAGGAGUGUGGCAAAGGUUUCUGUCGGGCCUCCAAUUUUCUAGCUCAUCGUGGAGUCCACACGGGAGAAAAACCAUACCAAUGUGAAGUGUGUGGAAAACGUUUCCGGCAGAGGUCCUACCUCCAAGACCACCACAGGGUCCACACUGGAGAGAAACCGUACAAGUGUGAGGAGUGUGGGAAAGUCUUCAGCUGGAGCUCAUACCUCAAAGCCCACCAGAGGGUCCACACUGGAGAGAAACCGUACAAGUGUGGGGUUUGUGGGAAAGGGUUCAGCUGGAGCUCCAGUCUCCUGAUUCACCAGCGAGCCCAUGGUGAUGAUAAGGGCCACAGGGAUUUCCCUGCACCAGAGGACUCAGCCGGGAAACAAACUCUAUAAGGCUUUCUACUCUGAUAUUUCAGAAGGAAGCCGAAAUGUUCCAGUUCUUAGAGGCGUCAUGGGAGACAAAGGAGUUGGAUCAUUAAGAGGGUCAGUAUUUUAACAAUGAUUGGAGCCAUGCAGACUUCAUUCAGAACUUUGACCUUUAAUGGCUGAGACAGUAACCUCAGGAAAGUUGAGUGUGAUCUGGAGGUAUCUAAACAUCCUAGGACUGAAAGGACCAGAUCAGGUCUUUUUGACGGGAGCAGAGUUUCUUAAGCUGCUGGUUACAACCUCGUGGGGCUGCAUAACCGCAUGUGGUGGUCACAAGGUAUUUACAAACACUGCAAGCUUUCUACAUAUCCAGUGACCCACAACUCCAAAUUGCACAGGUCAUAAAUCUGGGGUUUCUGGCAGCUCCAACCCGAGCCUUGACUGUGUGACUUUCCUGUAGCCUUUCUCACAUCUCCCUGUCAUCACACACAGUGCCCACAGUCGCUGCUUGAGUCCCUCUGCUUAGGGCCGACAUUGUCUGUUAUGAAAUGCAGUGCUUUCUACUGUGCGCAGUUUCUGCUCUUACAGAAGCAUAAUAGUUUCCUUACAGUAUCUUCCUGUUCUCAUCCUUCAUACUCAGUAGCAAACCAGUUAGCUGCAGAUUGUGUUGUGUCCUGGCCAGUGUGUUUUUAAACAUCUGAGUAGCUCUUCUUAUAGAAAAGUGUUCCAUGACACUACUAUGCAAAUUUGCUUUCAUCGUUAAUAAAGUAUCACUUAUUGAAAUUGUUUUGAAAUACAUUUCUUCCUGAUUAACAGUAAACGUUUGAGGUGUAUACCUACAUUGUGUACCUAUAUUCCUGAGUAGUGCCUGAGACAUCAUAUGCCUUCAGUAACUCUAAAGUCAACUUUGAGAAGAGCAGUCAUUUGGAAUUUUUUAUUCAAUCUAUCUCUGACUAAAGUUUCUGUAAAAUUGUUCCUAGGAGGCUUGAAGGACAUUUAAGUUAUACACAUAGGCCAAUUUUCCCAACCCUGUGAAGCCUGUGGACAAAUGUCUAUCAAAUUGAAGGUCGUCAUGCAUGAGUGGCUUCAGAAAUCAGUGGGUUGUGGCCAGCUUUUUGUCAUGCUCACUCUUCAUUGAAGUAUAUUUGUAUGUAGUCACACAUGCACAGAUCUCAAUUUUAUUGCUUCCUGAAUUUUGACAAAUGUAUACGCUUCUGUGGUCAUCAGCAUCAGCUGUAAAUGAUGUUUCUAAUAAACAGAAAUGUGCCUUAUGGCCAGUUCCAGUCAGUCCCACCUUCAACGCCAAUGAGCGUUUUGGUUUCUGAACUGCAGAUGCGUUACGUCCAUUUUCCGGGCUCGUAUAGGUGCAGGAUGCUUUUGAACAUGGAGUCUGACCUCCCAGUUUAUCCAGGAAACAUUUGACAAAGUUCACCGUUCAUUCAACGGUGAGGUAAGAGGUAACUAUGGAAUCUCAAUGAAAUGACUUUAAUGGAAUCGUACACAGUAAGGCUGACUUUGUUGUAUCAUUGUCGAUUUGGCACAUGUUUGCUGCGGGGCAACUCCCAGUAUGGCAGUGAAGUUCAGCAUCCUCGCUGAAUUCUUCUCCCACUUCUGCCCUUGACAGCCACUGAUUCCCGUUCUGUAUCAUUUGCUUUUUCCAAAUCUCAUAAAUGGAACCCUAUCCUGUG